AUUUGUGGGGACUUCUCAGUGACGUACUGUGCAGUGCCGUUAUCUCUAUUGGCCAGGCACCGUGUCACUAACUGUGCAGUGCUGGGCAUUGUGUGCUAGUGUUUACAAGUCGGAGAGUAAAGCGAAAACCGCACCGAAUAAGGGAAACACUGUAAGGGGUGCCUGCCAGCAUGGCGAAAUGCAUGCUAGUUCUGCUGAGACAUGGGGAGGGGGCGUGGAACAAGGAGAACCGCUUCUGCAGUUGGGUGGAUCAGAAGCUGAGCUGCGCUGGGGUGAAGGAGGCCCAGGACUGCGGGAAGCUGCUGAAGGAGCUGGGCUACGAGUUUGACCUGGUCUUCACCUCCAUCCUGAGCCGCUCCAUCCAGACAGCCUGGCUGGUUCUGGGGGCCAUGGGCCAGGAGUGGGUGCCAGUGAAGAAGUCCUGGAGGUUGAACGAGCGGCACUACGGCGCCCUCAUCGGGCUCAACAGGGCUGAGAUGGCUCUGAACCAUGGCGAGGAGCAGGUCAGGAUCUGGAGGAGGAGCUACGGGGUCAUGCCUCCGCCCAUUGAUCAAUCACACCCUUACUUUUUCGAGAUCUACAACGACCGGCGGUACGAGACCUGCGACCUGCCCAAGGACAAGCUGCCCCGGACGGAGAGUCUGAAGGAGGUGCUGGACAGGCUCCUGCCCUACUGGGAGGAGGUGAUCGCUCCGGAGAUCAGAAAAGGGAGGAGGGUUCUCAUCUCGGCACAUGGGAACAGCACCCGGGCUCUGUUGAAGCACCUGGAAGGUAUCUCAGACGAGGAGAUUUCCAGCCUUACCCUGCCCACCGGGGUACCUGUUGCCUUGGAACUGGAUGAGAACCUGCGCCCCACCAAGCCUCACAAGCUGCUGGGAGACGAGGGGGUGAUUCAGGCAGCGAUUAAGAGAGUGGAGGAUCAAGGGAAGGUCCUGGUCCCAGCCCAAUAGAACCCUGUUGCUUCAUAGAGACACUUUUUCUUUCUGCUGUUAAAUUAAUAUAUUUACACAUAUACAUUAGUUUGUAUGUGUGUGUGUGUGUGUGUGUGUGUGUGUGUAUAUAUAUAUAUUUUUUUUUUUUGACAUGGUUACUGUAAUAAUGAAUCAAAUACACAGCAGAGACGCUGGCUUAUAAAUGACAUGUGAAAAUAAACAGAGCGCUUAAAAAAUCCUUUUGGCUAGAGAGUAACCUGAGGAUGAAUGUGGUACUUUUUCACAUAUUUGAAGCAAGUUAUGUGAGGUGGACUGUGGAGACCCCUGAUCAGAUGGAAGUGGAGGGAGAGAGACUGCUUGUGCUUCGAUUUCAAUGCAAGUCUAACUUUGCAAAGCUUGCCUUUAAACAAAAGUUAGGAGAGUGUCAAAACAAAAACUAAGACUAUGCAAAAACAUUCUUCGUUUGGUACAGAUAACAACCAAUACUUUUUUUUUGCCUAUAAAUUGUAUUUCUAGCAGUCUUUAUUUCAAUAUUCAGAAACAUGCCGCUAUACAAAGAUAUAAGACUUGCCUUGCAUUACUUGCUGUAAUUCAUGUUUGUGUCUAGUGUUCAGGGUUUUUUGUCAUCAUUGCUGAUAAUAACAGCUUUUGCUAUGAGAAAUUGAAGUCGCAUUAAAAUAUGUUUUACAAACUUUUAAGAAGUUACAAAACCAGAAGCCAACUUCUCAUUCGUCUUUGUUUACUUUUAAUUGAAAAGCUACUAAAAAAGCAACGUUGUUUAGAGCUAAGUUAUGUGUAUAUGUGUUAUUGUAUGUUAAGUAUAUUUCUGAAGAUAGAAAGAUGGUUUAUUUAAUUGCACAGCACGGAGUCAUUGAAAUGCAAUAUUAUAUGCAGUGUUAUGGGAUUAUGUAGGGACAUUUUUAAUUUAACACAUCUACAUCAGACAAUAUGAAGAGUGCACUUACUGUUAAUUUUAACACUUUCAGGAACGUUGGUACCUCCUACAAUGAGCUCAGUUGAAGAGAUAAGGUCUUCGAGAAUUACUUGAAUUUAUUUAUUUAUUUAUUUAAAUUAUAAAAAGUUAUACAAAAACACUUUGUUUCCAUGCCCUAAAGGUAGCUUCAGCCACAUGCACACAAGUUUCCGUGAAGCUCAUUGUAUUAACUUGCAGCAGGGGGUGGUUAUCAAUACAAUCUGCAAGCUCGGCUGAAGCUUAGGAAAGCAAAAGAAAAAUGUAAACAAAUGCCAAAGGGAAAAAAAAAAAAAGAUUUUUCCUUUUUGUGGUUGGUGCUAUUUUGAUAGCUCUAUUUGUAUCAGAAUGGGUUCACAAGGUACAGCAUGCCUCAACCUUUUGCAAAACCUGGGAGGGAAAAAAACUAAUGUUUUGUGGUGUUUUUUAUUUUAUUUUUUAUGCUAACAUCAGUGUUUUUUUAAAAAUAUGUAUUUGUGUACCUCUGGUUAUGAAGUAAGCAUUAUAAAAUUGUAAUAGGCAUGUAGAUAUGUUGGACUCUGGCAAUACUAGAUGAGGUUUAUAUCUAUAUAUAUAUGUGUGUGUGUGUGUGUGUGCACUUUGGUUUAAUGUUCAUUGAUAAAAAAAAUGCCCUUGCUGUCUAAUUACUGUAUUGUAAUGCCCAUUUUAUUAAAGCAAGACCAGUUGAUGCCU